GGAGGUGUCAUGGCUUUUUGAUCUUCGCAAGUCGAACGAAUUCUUCUCCUAGCGUAGCUUGGAAUGUAGCUUCAAGUUACGGCUGAGGUCAGGAUCAGCGGACUGCUGGGCAGCAAAAGAGAAGUUUGGGCUUUGCAUCUGAACAGCUCAUGGAAACUUUGAAGAGCUCAAAAUAAAAACUCUUGUAAGGGGCAUAUAGAGAAGUUGCCAACCAAAACUGGCGUAUCAGAAGACACUGAGUUUUUUCUCAAAUUUCUCUUCUGCAGCAUCUGAUCCAAAGAAAAGCUCCAAAGCUGAAGCCAUCGACCUCGUUCAACAAUGCAUUCCUUUCAUCAACGUGUGAAUUAUAAUGCCUGUCGAUGGAGGAAACUUCAUGAAUCUCAACUCUUUUUUCGUUUUGGUAAACUAAGUUAGUAGCGAAAGUAUGCCCGGCCUCAAAGUGGUAAUCGCCUAAUCACAAUCUAUGAAUGUUCCGCAUGCCGCCAAAAUGUGGUAUGCUGGGACCUUGCGGUGGGCGGUGGUGAAUUGGAAUCUGGAGGCUUGUGGAAAUGAACAGGACUCAUGAAGUACAGCUUCCCCGUAGUCGAUCUUCAUUGAUCUCGCUUGAGGCAGUUUGUCAUAUGGUGGGCUGCAGUACGGCCUUCCUUCCUCCUGUAGUACGACCUCAAGUUCAAAAGCUUAAUUUGUUUGAAUUAAAGUUAAUUCAAACCAAGUAUGAGUUUGUGGCUGUUCAUACCCAAACAAAAUAGUAGUAUCCAGAUCCUUGGCAUUGUUACGCUCAAUUUAGAUAACUAAUUAUCU